CAACCAUGGAAAUGAUAUGUGAAAUGGAAAUGCUGAAAUGUGUACUAUUGAGCUUGAUCUCCUCCUCCUCAUAGCCACUAAUUUACCACAUAAACACACUUCACGCCCUGAAAAAUCCUUAUUUUUUAAAGGGGGAAAAUCAUACAAUGACUUCUCUCACCUUGGACGAGGCGAGAGGGAGUAUCAGACACUUACUGACUAAAAACCACCCCGUUCCUACUCCUGCUUUUCAAGCCGGAGCCUCGGUACCUAAAACCCGCUAGCUAGUCCGCAAUCCAGGUCUUCAAAAUACCUAGGAGAAUCGCUUAACAAAAAUAAACUUUUGCAAAAACCGAUUUUAAUGUCACAACUAGGUACAACACUAGUCUUGCAAUUAUUGAACAACUGUCAGCACUUCAGUAGUGUCAAAUUUAAUGUCAAAGUCACAAUCAAUAUUAUGAUUUCUUGUUGUGUUAUUGGGUUUUAUUUAUUUACGCGGAAUCAAACUAAACAACAGUCGAAAAAACUGAAUAAAUACACAAUAAUGAUACUCAACCAAUUGUGUUACAGCUUUGAUUACUUCACCUAGACGCCGAAAUCACACAGAUAUGUAUUCUUUACAAGUUGUAAUUCAACAUUUAGUUCUCGAAAUAUAAAAUAAAGGAUAUAUUCAGCGAUGGAUAUUACAGAAGAAGAGUUCUGUCGUCUCUGCGGCGACUUGAAACAAAACAGCGAUCUCAUUGACUUAUUAAUUGACACCGAAAAACUUCUAAGUAUCAACACAAUGCUGGAAAGAUUCAAUAUAACUUUGGAUUUAGAAAAGAACCUGCCUACAUCAGUUUGUUCUACAUGCACAAGCUCUUUGAAACAAGCUUACGACUUUGUGAGUUUCCUAGACCUUGCACAGAAAGCUUUUGAAGACUGUGUAUCGUCCUCGGAUGGUGAAAAUGAUGAUGACAGUGUUUAUCUUGAUGUCUGCUCCGCUGAGGACAGUGAGAUAAGUGAAGAAAUGACUGUAGGAGAUGAUUAUGAUAUGUCUGGGGUAAAUGAAGAUUGCGAGAAGGAUGACGAAGAGAUAUCUAACAUAGAUGAAGUUUAUAAGGAAGAUACAGGAUCAAUUGACGAUGAAGAAUCUACAGAAAGUGAUGAUGGACCAAAUACACGAUCCAAAAGACUUAAUGCAUCAAAGAAUGCGAAAUAUGAGAAGCCUAUCAAGAAAACUAAUUUAAAAAAGAAGAGAACAGAAGCUGAGUCAAUAGGAGACAUCGAGGAGACUGAAACCGUAGAAUUAAGAAGAGGACGAAAGAAAUCUUUAAGAACGUUAAUAAGUUCCGAGUUAACCCCUACUUGGAAGACGUACAAAUGGAUCUGUGCGUAUUGCGACGGCUAUUACUACAGUCUGAGCGAACUAAGAGUACACAGCAUGCAGUACCAUAACAUCUGCAACCCUUUCCGCUGCUUGGACUGCAGAGCUAGAGGCUCCCACAUAGACAAAUUUAUCAUGCAUGUUGUUAAACAUCACCCAAACUUAACAUUAAUUUGUCACAUAUGCUCUUCGGACUUCAGCACAACAGUGGAAUUGAGACAACAUAAACAAAAAGUACAUAAACUCCAUAGAUUUACUCACAUUUGUGGCAUGACCUUUCAAACCAAAGAAGAAUUGGAAAAUCACAAAAACAAUUUCUACAAGAACGUUACAAUACGCAUGACACCAUUCAAAGAUGAUGAAAUCUUAAUCUGCGUUAUUUGUAAAAAGAUUCUUAAAACCAAGGUCCUCUUGAAUCGACACUUGUUAAUUCAUACGGACAGAAAACGUAAUCACCCGUGUAAGCUUUGCAAGAAGCGUUUCUAUACUAAACGGGAACUAACUCAACAUGUGGUCGUACACUCAGAGAAAAGACCUCAUAAGUGUGAAAUAUGCGAUUUCCCAUUUAAGAUGAAAUCUGAUCUUAGGAAACAUGUUUUGAAACACUUUGAAAUGAAGCAGUUUACUUGUGACCGAUGUGGGAAGAGGUUUCGGUUGAAGAAAGAACUGAUAGUGCACAGCAAGAUACAUAAAGACACUCGUCCGUUCAUCUGCGAUUACUGUAACAAAGCCUUUCGCUACAAACAUUUGUUAUCGCAGCACAUCCGUAUACACACCGGAGUUAAACCGUACAAGUGUAAGAUAUGUUCGAAGAAAUUUACAAACUGGCCAAAUUACAACAGACAUUCAAAAGGUGUGCAUGGAAAGAACUGUGCAAGGAAGAAAACUAGCAAAGGUAAAGAUAGGGAGAAGUCAUUACAUGGGGAUUCAACAUUUUGGAACCGCAGAAAAAGGGCAGGCCAAAGAAAUCGGAUAAAAGCAAAAAAAAAUAUGCAAAAGAGUGAUUCAAAAAUUCAUACUGAUACAGGUUUGGGAAGUAAUUUAAAAGUUUUUGAUAAUAUUUUUUAUUUUAUGGUAACUAUUCUAAUUUGUAAGGAUUUAUUUAAAAUGGUUUAUAAGAAUUUAAUUAUUUAAUAGAAUAAAAACCUAAGAGGUCUGGUAAGGUAGGGAGACAUUAAUUUUUUUAUGUAUUUAAUACAUAUUAUUUCAAAAAACAUAUUAAUAUUACGUUUAGGAAUGAAAAUCAAAGAUAAUUUUGUGAUUAAAGAUUGUGAUCUAAUUUAUAUAAUUUUUUGUAAGUACUCAGUACAUUUUAUUAGGGUUUAUGUUGCUCAUAGAUGCUCUUGUAAGGUGGAUAAGAAAUUUUAUAUUUUUCUAGGCUUUAAGAUCUUUUUUGAACCUAUUUGAUUUUUAUGGACUCCUACAGGUGUCAAAGUAAAAUCAUACUAAGGUAUGAAUAGAUUAUAACAAAUUAAAAUUCUAUAUUUUUAUAGUAACUAUCCUACUAAAAAUCACUGUUUAGUCAGGUGCAUUAAUUGAGUAAGCUAGUUUUGAGUCCCAUAGAGACUCUUCAUCAUGAGCAGCUAACAUGAAGAAUCCAACUGUGAUUUUUUGUUUAAUUACAAUUCUGUAUCAAAAUAGUACAUACAUACCAUUGAUUGGACUGUCUUUUUAUUAUAAACAUUUUUUACUAAUUGUAUUUAGUUGUGUCACUUACCUCAAUAAUAAGUUGUAAUAAGUCUCAAUGUGUCCAAUAAAACAAUAUAAACUUCU